CAUAGCCCGCUACGAAAACCAAGCUACCAAAUAAAUUGAAGCCGAAGAUCAUUUGGUAUGCUGUUUCGUAUGAAUUCUGUACCUAAACACCUACUUUUUCUAGGUUUCUUAGCUAUCAUACGUAUUCACACUCUCUCUACCUUGACCGCCACCACCGAAUGUGUUAAAAAUGGCAGACUUAGACCUGAUGAGCCGCCCACUUUCUGAAAGGCUCAUCACUACAGGUUUAAUAAACCAUGUGAACCAACUUAGGGGGUCUCUAACGACACUCAAUUCUCUGGAGUCUGAAUCGAAAUCACAAAAUGCGCUAGAAUUACUAUUGAAUGAUAUUAGCAGCGUCGCUUCUUCGCUCAAUGACCUAGCGGAAAAUGAUAUUAAAUUCCCGCAAGAUAAUGCGGAUCGAUUGUACAUGGUCUAUAAAUCUUGCGGCGUACUCAUUCAAGACACUAUACGACGACUGGAACUCAUCAAAAAGAAUCGAAACCCUGCUUCGGGGUUAGAACAUAUUGACGAAAAACGCGGGCUUGCUAAAAGAUACAAGGAGCUACAGCUUCGAAUGGAGAUUAUCCGUCAUUUAUGCUUUGUUAUAGACGUCUUGUCGUAUAAGAUUACAACAAAUGAAAACACGACACUUCGUGGCCGUAUCUCUUUGAUCAAAACGAAGAUUUCCCAUCUUGAUUUUGAUGUUGACAAUGCCAAGCUUCGGAGAGCCGUAAUUAUUGCAGAACGUGCUAUUGAAGUCCCUGUUCAUGAGAACUUCACUAUACCACGGCACACUUCAAGCAUUUAUACAAGACGAGAGGAAGAGGUUAUGAUUAAAGCCGCGUUCGAGGAUGGAACAUGUUUUGGCCAAAAGAGAUUUGUACUCUUCGGCAUGGGAGGUUCGGGGAAGACCGAACUAGCGUUAAAAUAUGCAGAAGACUUCCGACAACUGUUCUGGGGCGUUUUCUUUAUCGAUGGUAGUUCUCGGAAGCGUGCGUCGGAGGGCUACUCAGAUAUUGCGAGGACUGUAGGCAUUGAGCCUAACGAAGACUCUGCUAAGAAGUGGUUGGCCCUACGGAACGUACCAUGGCUACUGGUAAUCGACCAUGCUGAUCCCUUUGGGAUUGACUUGGAAGAUAUACUCCCUACAGGCCGGCAUGGGUGUAUUCUAAUAACCUCUCGCAGCCCCAGGUAUAACCGUUACGGCACUGCCGGUAAGAGGUACUUAUGGGUUGGGCGCAUGGUAGAGGAGGAAGCCAUUCACCUUGUCCUCAAGGCAGCCGUGUACCCAACCCCAUGGCGUGUCAACGACAAGCAGUCAGCUAAAGAGAUAGCUAAAGCUGUGGGGUUCUCCCCAUUGGCCCUGGCCGCUGCUGGUAAUGCAGUUAAGCAUGGUAUCUGCUCUUUGGCCGACUACCUAGCCUUCCAUAAGCGUCAUUCAAGCCUAAUCAUUUCUCAUCGGAGGAAGCUCCGGGAAAGUGACAAGCUUAUGAAAUCCGAUUACCUAGGCGAUGGGUAUAUUAACAUCAUCACUCCGUUCGAAAUGCUUUAUAUGUCGCUAGAAGUUGAUAGGAAACAGGGCUCUAAGGAUGCGGUUGAAAUUCUCAACAUAUUAUCUUAUAUGCAUUUUGAGCAUAUCUACCUUGACUUUCUACUUAAUGCGACCCUUAAAUAUUCUAUUAAAGGGUUAGAAACGAACGCAGCAGAAGGACGUAACGGGAGUUGGUCGGGAUGCUUCCGAAAAUCUGUUACUGCUCGACUAAGUCAAUUUUUUGACUCUGUUUCUCCUCCGGCUCACUUAUCUCUUCCGCUUGUUCUAAGAAAUGACGAAUACCUUCACGGAGAUGAGUUUGAAAAGAAAUUGCGAGAUCGUCUCGACCGAGCGAUGAAAGUCCUUCUCCAGAGAUCACUCAUAAUGACAGAAGAGGGGGAGAAUCGAUAUUGUAUGCAUCCUUUAGUGCACAAAUGGAUCAGGGGGCGACCUAGCAUUUCAACAUCAGAACGAGCAUACUGGUGUGGAAUCACCACAGCUAUUUUGGCUAGGAAUGUAUCGGUUCUCCAUCACGGAGUGACCGGCGAUAUGAAAGACGCGGAUAUGGAACGAGAACUGUUACGCCAUAUCGUUCACGUCGACGAUUGUCGAAAAACCAUUGAAAUGAGGUUGGAGAAAAACAGACUCUCUAGGAAGUCAUUUCUCCCUACAUUGGGGAUUGGUAUUAAGAGGCAGACCAAAGGAAAAUCGAAAUCAAUUGAAUCACACCCAGAGGCGAAGCCCAUUGAAAGAAAAUCAUAUAACAAAAAUGUAUCCGCACCCGGUACCUUAUAUGAAAAGUCGGAGUCUUCCGUUCAAGAUUAUGAUAUGUUCAUCCUCUAUAAAAUAGUCGUCUUCAUUUUCCUAUGGAUCGUCUUAUGGAUCUGUCUAUGGAGUAGCGUCAACCAACUUCUCGUUCCGCUCCUCCCAUCAUAUAACAAGUACCUGAUCAAGUGUAUAACGUCGAUUGUUUUCUUCAUCGCGUUAACUCUAACAGUUACCAAUAAAACCGAAUCAGGAAGUCAUUCGGAUAUUAAUAUAAGAAACGAUUAUCUUAAGGGAUUGAAUCCUGGGAAACUAAUGGUUAACAAGCGAAAAGAAAUCCUUACGGGGAGCUUACCUAAACCCUGGGAGGAAGAUAGCCACCCAAAGGAAGAGCUGCGUUCUCAUAUAAAUGAACAAGAAUGUGUAACUUUUGCGUAUCCCACAACCCUCCCACAACUCCUGGAUUCUAUGCUCGACAGAGUUCCAUUCCUACGUUCCGAACCACAGCUUUCUCCCGGCCAGACUCGUAUAAGAUGGACGUGUGAAUGCGGCGUUAAACUCUUCGAUGAUUUCCUCGAGAUAGAGCCAGGGUCCCUGCGAAAGCUCCAGGAUUCCUUGCAGGAAGUGAUUCAAAAAGAAGCACCUGAAAAGGGGAAUCCGAAUACCUAUAAUAUUCUGCAGGAUGUGAGAGAACGUGUCAAACGGGUUUUCGGUUCGAUAAGUAGAGCGUUUUCAACAGCCCAGAGUUCGACAAAUAAUAGUACCUUGCCAUUACACCAGGUUACUUCCCUUAACAGUUCAUCAAGUCCCCUUCGAUCGCUUGACUUGCUGCACGUUCUAUUUUGCAUCCAUACAGGAGAGACCGGAUUGAAACUUCACCAAGAACGUAUUCCAGGUAUUACCUCUGAUCGCGAGCUUUUACUCUUCCUUCGGAAAGAAUACUUAAAACACAGAAAAGUGACCUCCUGGCUUACGCUCCGGAGCGUUACUGGAGUCUCUCUGGCAAGAUCCAUGGUUGAUUCAAGCGAAUUUGCUGAAGUCCACCGUCACGCUCAUGUCUGUACCUCGGACUGUGUCUGUCUGCCCCCGGUUGACAGGAUAGGUACCGAGUAUAAUUGCCGCCCAGCGCCGGAGGUCAAACCCAAAUACGUUCCUCCCAUCGGUCCACGAUACUUGUCGCAUCAUUUCAGCCAUCCCGACUGCAUCCGCCCGACACAGAAGUUUAUAUAUAAUCAGUUGCCCAAGCGGACGUGCGGGCAGCUGCAGGCGCCCGAAGAUCGGGUUGAGUUUGGCUGGGGAGUCUACUUCGAAGAGGGAUGGCACUGGAGAUCAAUAUACUUCAUCCUAGUAGUUCUUAUUGCUUCUGGGAGCGGUGUCUUUGGGGUUACUUGGUCUAUCACCAAAGGUGAUAUCCAGGGUGGCUUUGCGGUCUCUAGCCUGUGGGUCACAUUGGGCAGUUUAUGGGAUAUAUCGCCGUUCGGAGUUUCUAGGUAUGUGUAUAGUAUUCUUGGUUCGAUCGUGCCGACACAGCUGGAUACGUGAUGAAGUUUGAACUUAUAUUACACGAGUAAGAGCGUGUGAAUGAUUGGCUAAGAGUUGGAACGUGGGCCCCUUUUCCGCACCCGCUACGGGAAUGCAGUCGCAAAGUUGAGCUUUCUUAAUAAAACCUUUAAAAUGAUACUUGCAGCAGAUAUCUAAGGAAUGUAAGCUGCAUUGCGCUUCUGAUAAUAUUAUCCUGGUUUUAUUGAUUAACUUAGAAGAAAAAGUGCAGGUAUACUCCGAAACAUGAAGGAACAUGCAUAGUUGACUACGGGUGCUACUCUAUAACUACGACCUCGUUUGAGGCACCGAGAGGAAAUAUUUAAAUGCUCAAGAACGACGUUGUAUCCAAUAUAGGUCGUGAAACUAUGUGUUUGGGGUCACUCCUAUUCUACUUCGUAAUUAGCGGUAAUUAACCUCUCAUGUGGCGUUGCUGGCUACGAUAGUUAAGAUACGAGGACAAAUAGUAC